UUGAACAUCUUGAACAUCGUUUACUGUACGUGUGAUCGCAUGUACACGAUGAAUAAUUAACAUCACCAGUCACACUGUCUGCUGUUUUUGCAUUACAACCUAUGCUAGGAUUUACACAUCUAGGAUAAGCUGCAGCUUUCUUUUGCUUGAGAGGUGUUUGACAGGCUGGGAGUGGCUGCCUGCUGCUGUGUUGUGAGAGGAGAAGAGGGAGAACCCUGUGUUGCAGCAGGAGAAGAGGAGAGGUGAGGAGAGGAGAGGUGACUGAGGCUGCCCUGAGAUGCUCUGCUGGCUGGAGGAGGAAGAGAUGUCCGUGCAGGAAUUCCUGGAGCGUGUGGGCUGCGUUAUCACCCAUGUUGAUGAGAUUAUGCAACAAGAGAUAAGGCCUCUGCUAGCCAUGGACAUCAUCGAACAGCUCCACAGGCAGUUUGCAAUGCUGUCAGGUGGACGAGGGAAGGAUGGUGCUCCAAUAAUUACUUUCCCAGAAUUUUCUGGCUUUAAUGAUCUUUCUGAUGAAGACUUCAUUAACGUAGUCACAUAUCUGACCAGCAUACCGAGUCUGGAUGCAGCAAGCAUUGGCUUCAUCAUUAUCAUAGACCGCCGGCGGGACAAAUGGGCUUCGGUGAAGGCCUCAUUGGCUCGAAUAGCGGGGGCAUUUCCAGGCAACCUACAGCUAGUCCUAGUCUUAAGACCCUCACGAUUGUUCCACAGGACCAUCGCUGACAUUGGUAUCCGGUUACACCGUGAUGACUUUAAAAUGAAGGUACCGAUAGUCAUGUUAAAUUCCCUAUCAGAUCUGCACGGAUAUGUGGAUAAAGGCCAGCUUACAUGUGAAUUAGGUGGAAACCUGCAGUAUUGUCACAGUCAGUGGAUCCACCAUCGCACAGCCAUUGAAAACUUUGCUGUGACAGUGAAAACCACAGCCCAAAUGCUUCAGAGAUUUGGAACGGACUUGGCAGAAACUGAACUUCCCAAUGACGUUCAAUGCACCAAAGAUCUCCUGACAGCGCACACAGACAGGCAUGACAAGCUUGAGGAUGAACUGAAGUUGGCUAUGAACCAAGGGACCACACUGCUUUCAUGUAUCAGAGAUAAGGCCAGUAAAAGCGAGAACCACAAGUUAAACCCAGACGAAGUGGAAAAUCAAACUACCGUUGAAAGGUUGUUAGCUCAGCUUGAUGAGACUGAAAAUGCAUUUGAACAGUUCUGGUCCAAACAUCACUUAAAGUUAGAGCAGUGUUUGCAGUUACGACAUUUUGAGCAAGACUUUAGAGAGGUGAAAAUGUCUCUGGACAGCUUGAUGGAGACUUUGCUGGCACUUUCAGACACCGGAGACGGGCCUGGUCGCAUUGAGCAGCUGCUAACUGAACUGAAGAGCCUGCAGGACAUAGCUCAGGAAUCUCUGGAGAAGGCACAGCUGCAUGCUCUGCAUGGUGACCAGUUAAUCCAGAGCAACCACUAUGCGGUGGAUUCCAUCCGGCCCAAGUGUGUGGAGCUGCGGCGCAUCUGUGAUGACUUCAGCAACGAAGCCAAAAAAAAAAAUGACGUCCUGUCCAAAUCGCUUGAGAUCCAUACGUGGAUAGAGAAGGUGAGAAACUGGUGCGAGAAUGGUGUGUACCUGCUGGCCUCUCAGGCUGUAGAUAAGUGCCAGUCUCAGGAAGGGGCAGAAGCGGCCCUGCAGGACAUUGAGAGGUAUAUGGAGACGGCUAAGGAGCAGCAGCUCAGUCAGCUCAAAGACCUCUACAACCAACAUGAGAUGUCUCUCUCUGAGCUCAUGAAGAUUAGCGUGCAGAAUGCACAGAAGAGGUUAGAGGAAGUGCACGAGAUGUUCGAGAAGAGACACAUCAGUCUAAAGAGGCUGUCUGCCAAGCAAACCAGACCUGUGCAGCAUGUAGCACCACGACCUGAAUCAUCUCCUAAACGCCCUUCCCCCAAAAGUGUGCGGCCACCAGGCUCUGCACCGAACCGUAGAGGUCCAGAGAAUAGUUCCACCAAGCAGAACACUGAUACUGAGCUAGCAAGGAGGAAAAACAUUCGCAAGACUAAAGGAGGCAUCAAGAUUGAAGUUAUGCAUGAGGAGAGUCAAGGAGGUUCGAGCCACGUUCUCGUGAGCAGCGAGACAGAGGAGAGCCUGUCCAGCAGGCGACGACACAUUAUGAAUGAGCUGAUUGAGACGGAGAGACUCUAUGUAGAGGAGCUCCAAAGUAUAAUUGAGGGCUAUGCUGCCGCACUGGAGAAUUCAGAAAUGAUGCAUCUAAUACCACCUGCUUUGGAAAACAAGAAGGACGUGCUCUUUGGCAAUCUUGCUGACAUCUAUGACUUUCAUAAUAGGACUUUUCUCAAAGAGCUGGAAAAUUGUGUGGAGAAGCCUGAGUUAGUGGGAACAUGCUUCCUGAAAAGGAAAGAAGAGUUGCAGAUCUAUGAGAAAUACUGCCAAAAUAAACCUCGGUCUGAGGCUCUCUGGAGGCAGUGUGGGGACAGCCUGUUCUUUCAGGAAUGUCAAAAACGGUUGGACCACAAACUCUCAUUAGAUGCCUACCUGCUAAAACCUGUUCAGAGAAUCACCAAGUACCAGUUAAUGCUGAAGGAGAUGCUGAAAUGCAGCAAGAAUUCAGAGGGCACAGCGGAACUAGAGGAAGCUCUGGCUACUAUGUUGGAUAUCAUAAAAUCUGUCAAUGAUUCAAUGCAUCAGAUUGCCAUCACUGGAUUUGAGGGUAAUUUGAAUGACCUGGGUAAACUGCUCAUGCAAGGCUCUUUCAACGUGUGGACAGACCAUAAAAAAGGUCACAAUAAAGUGAAGGACUUGGCCCGCUUUAAGCCCAUGCAGCGACAUCUCUUCUUGUACAAUAAGAUGAUUCUAUUCUGCAAGAAGCGUGAGGAGAACUCGGAUGGCCAUGAGAAAUCCCCAUCCUACAGUUUCAAACAUUCUCUGAAGAUGAGUGCCGUAGGAAUCACAGAGAAUGUGAAAGGAGACGCAAAGAAAUUUGAAAUCUGGUACAAUGGAAGAGAGGAAGUCUACAUUAUUCAGGCCUCCUCCAUGGACGUGAAGAACACGUGGGUGUCCGAGAUCAGGAAAGUACUGACGGGCCAACUGGAGGCGUGCAAAGAAGCAAGUCAGCUACAUCAAAGAAUCACUGAAAACAUUUACCAUGCUCCCAUGAGGAACGUCCGAAAAAUGGCCCUGAGGCAGUCAGACUCCUCCAGCCCAGAGACAGGCUACAAGCGCAGUGACAGUGGUCCCAACAUGAGGCAGAAACGAGCUGGUGCUAUGUCCAACCUUAGCUCAGACCCAUCCUCAGCUCUGGCUAGAAAGCGCUUCACCUUACAUGGCCUCUCCAAUCGCAGGUCCCUUCCAGCAGAGCCGACGCCUAAGGAGGCCGAAGUCCCUCGCCGCUUCUCUUUAGCUUCCUCCCUCAGUGCCUCCUCUACCACACGCACAAAAGGUCCUCUUUCUGCGACCGUUAAAAGCAAGCGACACCAAAUUAAGAGCGACCCCACACCUUUUGGUUAUGAAGAUACUUUGCGAGAAACUCUUCCUGCUGGCAGCAAAAAUAAAGGUACAAGAAGUACCAAGCCCACUGUGCCUAGGUCCACCUCUCAACCAGGUUGGACCCAGCGCCGUUUACCCUCAAUGGACACCGAAGACUUUGAGACAAUUCCAUCCAGUGCUGAAGAGCUCUCCAAUUCUUCAGAUGGAGAGGAUGACAACAGUAACAAAAACGGGGAGCGUAAUCGCUUUCAGGUGCAGCUGACGUACGAGUCACGUGCACCGCAGGAGAUGUCGCUGGAGCCUGGAGAUUUAGUACAGUUCAUAGAAGAGGUUGAGAAUGGCCACUGGCUAGUCAAGAACCUAAUUACUCUGAAGACAGGGCUGGUUCCACCCAGUAUCCUGCAGUCUACAGCAGGAAGAGUGGACAUUUACAAUACCACCGACAUCUUCAGCGACUUGUGUACAGCGGCCCUCACAGACACAGAGGAAACAGAGGAGAGUGCUGGGCUGUUACUGGUCUAGGAGGACAGAUUUGCAUGUUGAACAUGUCUUUUUUUUAUCUCUUCUGCCUCGUUAUUGUGCCAUACAUCGAUGAACCAUGCAGGAUACCUCCCUGCUAAAUCUUUGUGUUACUGUAAAGUGAAGACAAUCUGUUGCUGCUAUUCCCACUUGUGCCAUGUUGGAAAGAGAGUGCGCAAAGCACAGGAGCUUGGAUUAUUAUUUUUUUGGUCUUUAGACUCUGAACUUUGCUGAUACAAAGCAUCGAAUGACGUCAGCCAGCUAUCACAGCCAGCUAUGAUUUAGCUGUGCUUUAGCAGCUGAUGAAAUCUUUGACAUUUUCUAAGAGGAAAACUGGAAUCCAGUGGGUUUCAAAGCAGUGUUUUCAAGCAGCAUUGGAUCACAUGCUGCUAGUUUUAAGAAAGGCUUGAUCAUGUCGUGACGCUGAGUGAAAGUGAACGAAAGAGACAAAGCCUGCUAAAUUGUCCUGUCCUGCUGAAAUUACCACUCUGAAUUUUCUUAUAGUCUGGAUGAUUUUUUUUUGUUUAUCAAGGACAUUGAAUUGGAAUGGAAGUCAUCUCAGCAAAAUUACCUUUUUUUUUCUGUUGGUCAAAAAUGCAGCAAUUUAGAGUAGAAAAAACAAUCUAUUAUGUGUAUAUGUAUUAUAGAAGAUUUCUGAACUCUUUUGUAUUUUGGUGUUUUAUUUGUUCUGUAAUUGCUCUUUAAAUCUUCAUUUCCGGGUCCAUGAAUGUCUCUCUUGGGGGUGGUUAGCCUCAAAGCAAUUUUAUCAGUCGUUUGAUAUCUUAUUGUAGCACAAAUGUUCCAACUGUACUGUAAGAACGAAUGGUAUUGCUAUAUAUGAACUUUAUACUUUUUGUUUUUAUUAUUAUUAUUAUUCAGACAAAUGUAGUUUCUUGUCAAGACAUCAAAUCAAGGACGAAUCACUCUCUGCUGUGUCGCAAAUGUGGCCUUGCUUCAAGAAGCAGAACAUUCUGGAGAACGCAAUGAUGGCUUUGCUACCUAAAGUCUGCUAGUCUCACAGCAAAAAAAAUCUUAGAAUACAAAAGGUUGUUCCAUUAUGCCAUCCAUGUUGAAUGUAAAAAAAAAUCUAUUAAAUAAUGUCUUAUUAAUUUUUUUUUUUUUUUAAAGUGAAGGCUUUAAAGAUUUUCCAAGACUGGCCACAUGGCUGUAUAUAUCCUAAUCCGAUUUAGUCGUUUAUUGACGAUGAUGAUGACGAUGAUGAUGAUUCUAAGCACAAAAAUUAAAUGUUGGAAUGCAGAGUUUAUUGAUGAUGAUUAUAAUACACUGUUAUUUAUUAAUAGAAGCUGAUGCUUUUAACUGGUUCAUACGGUCCAUGUAUUACCUUCAACAUUUUCAAACAUACGAUUAAAUAUGUACAAAAUA